AAACUUCUUCGUUUAUUUUUUAAGUACAAUAAACUGGAACCGUUGGAUGCAAGGAGUAUUCAUUCAUAAACCGUUAGAUUCCAAUUUCAUUGUCAAACAUACCAAACUCUUUCAACACCUGUAAAAUCGGCAAGCUUCAUCAAAUCCUCCCAACACAUCCAUGGCGAUUUCUCACGCUCAGCCUCUGCUUCUUCUCCUCUUCUCACUCUUCCUCUUACCUUCUCUGCGCGCCACUUCUUUCCACAACUGCGAUAAGAGGCUCGAUCCCGUUAAGGUCACAGGUGUGGAGAUCUCUCCUGACCCUGUUGUGAGUGGCAAAGCCGCAACAUUUAAGAUCACUGGUUCUACUGAUGAAGACAUCUCUGGAGGAGAAGUAGUCAUCAGUGUUUCACUCUAUGGAGUUCAUAUCCAUACCGAAACUCAUGAUCUCUGCGAUGAGUCGUCCUGCCCGAUCGCACCUGGCACCUUUGUCCUUUCUCAUUCCCAAACACUGCCUUCUAUUACACCACCCGGUACUUAUACGCUUAAGAUGACGAUAAACGACAAGAAUGGCGGGCGACUGACCUGCAUCAGCUUCAAGUUCAAGAUCACAUUGUUUUCCACGGUUUCUGCUAGUUAAGUUUUCCGGUGCAAAUAUGUUUCCUCUUUUGUAAAACUCUCUCCUAGACUUGUGUGGUGUCCAAAUAAAAUGCCCCUUUGAGGCUUGUCUUUGAUCUCCUAAACCUCCCUCAGUCUUUUGUUUCUCU